AAUCCCGUAACUUUGAUAGAGAUUUUUUUGGGGGGUCCAGUGUUUUGUUCGGUUGUAGUGCUUUUAUACAGAUGAUGUGUUCGAGUUCGAGAUCAGCACAACCUUUAGAAAUAAGGUGAAUAUUUAAUAAGUAAAUUAAACAAUGUGAGUAUAAAGCCUCGGGGUGUAUUACACUGUUUAAUGAGCAAAAACAGAUCAAAGCACAUUGAGCGGGAAACCCUCCGCUUGUUUAAAAAGAUGGAGCGCGCAGUCAUUGGCUAGCAGUCAUAAGCACAUGUCACAGAUCAGCCAAUCACAAGCCUCGGCACCCUCCCGACACUGUUAGCUCAUGGCCGUGCAAUGCUUUAAAAACAGGCGUAUAACAUGGUCGCAUUUCUAGAAGAAGCAAGACCAAGAGAAAAGUAGAUAGCAGCAAUGGCAAGGACCAAGCAGACUGCUCGUAAAUCCACCGGUGGUAAAGCCCCGAGGAAGCAGCUCGCUACCAAAGCCGCUCGUAAGAGCGCUCCGGCCACCGGUGGCGUCAAGAAGCCCCAUCGUUACAGGCCCGGGACCGUGGCUCUCCGAGAGAUCCGCCGUUAUCAGAAGUCCACCGAGCUGCUGAUCCGUAAACUGCCCUUCCAGCGGCUGGUGAGAGAAAUCGCUCAGGAUUUCAAGACAGAUCUGCGCUUCCAGAGCUCCGCUGUCAUGGCCCUGCAGGAGGCCAGCGAGGCUUAUUUGGUCGGUCUGUUUGAGGACACCAACCUGUGCGCCAUCCACGCCAAGAGGGUCACCAUCAUGCCCAAGGACAUUCAGCUGGCCCGCCGCAUCCGCGGAGAGCGUGCCUAAACUCGCAUCAGCCACAUCAAACCCCAAAGGCUCUUUCAAGAGCCACUAAAAUUACACUGAACGAGGGAAUUUCCAGCUUAACACUUAACUAGUGUUAAUGCAACUCUAAACUCCUAUUAAGUCUUUCUCUUCAUCCUAAAUUACCAUUACUCUUUAGUAAUAAUGAAGAAAAAAUAAAGUAAACAAAGUAUC